GGCGUACUGAAGUGCCCUUUGCAUCACCUUCAUCACCAAAAAAGAACUCUUUUCCUUUGCUGCAUAUAUUUGGGCCUGCUCUUUUUUCGUUGUUGGUUGAAGGAUCAGUAGUAGCUUGGUUUGCAAGAUCUGGAAAAUGGAGCUGGUGGUGGCGGGAAAGCCGCGACAGAGAGCUUGGAAGCCCAAAGCGAGGUCGGGGUGUAAGACGUGCAAAAUACGCCGCGUAAAAUGCGACGAAGACAAACCCUACUGUACCCGCUGCACCUCCACAGGCCGCACCUGCGACGGCUACGACUCAAACUUCAGAUCCCCAAAAACCAGCGCAUCCUCAACUCCAGAAGCCCAGAAUUUAUUAUCGUCAUUCUGCUCGGGAUCCACCCUCCGCACCCUCCGCAGCCACUCCCCACUCCCGCUCCCCCUCGCUCCAGCCCUCCCCCUCUCCACGACGGAAGAAAAAUCCAGCUUCUCCUUCUUCACAUCCCACGCGAUCCCCAAGCUGCGCGGCUUCCUCGACUCCCCCUUCUGGCAACGCGAAGUGCUCCAAGCCGCGCACCGCGAGCCCGCCAUCCAGCACUGCAUCAUCGCCCUGGGGGCCAUGUACCGACGCUUCCACGAGGGCCAACACUCGCACAUCCGGGAGAGCGCAAUGGCAGAUCAGCACUUGCAAUUUGCCUUCUUACAAUCCAACCGGGCCAUCAAAGUUCUCCUCGAAAAAGGUGCAGCGAGUUCCACGAAAGCCUCAGCGAAAGACAAAAUGACCUUGAUGACGUGUGCGAUUCUCUUCAGCAGCAUGUGUUGUCUACAGGGUUACCAGAAACACGCCGUGGAGCACUUGCGGAGCGGGAUUCGCAUGCUGAACGAGAUGGAUGAUGCGGGGGAGAUGGUGACGGAGCACGCUGUGGAGCUGGAAUCGCUGCGCACGAUUUUCGUAGCUCUGGAUGCGCAGAUACGGGCUAUCAUGCCGUCUGCACAGUCGAGAAGCUGGGUGAAGAAACCAAAGGUGAAGAGUGGGGGGCAGGCGUUGGAAGAGUGUGGGAAGCUGAGUAUGGCGAGUUUGCAGGGGGUGCUGCGGCAUAUCGAGUGCCUGAUUAGCCAUAUCCAUGCGUUUAACCAAAAGACUUUUUUGCGGGGGGCGGGGGAAGAAGAGCAGGUUGGGGUCGAGUUGAGGGAACUGGUGGAUAGGUUUCAUGAUGGGGCGAGGGUGAUGAAGAAGUUGUGGGCGGAGGCGGAGAGGAGUCGGCACGACGAGUUUACGCAGCCGCUUAUUGCGCUCGAGCUGAUGCAGUGCCAGAUGGAGUAUUUGCUAAGGCUGCCCCGGGCAGAUAUCGUGGCGAGAUUCCCUUGCUUGGCUGCGUUCCAGCAUGCCAAAGAGCCGUUCAAGACGCCGUUUGACGAGGCGGCACUAUUUGCCAAUAUCUUUCAUCUGUGUGAUCAGCUGUUGUUUGUGCCGGGGAAUAAAUCUUCACCGGUUUUUAUGACUUCAAUGGGGCCAACGGCGGCAUUGUGGUUCAUAGCUAUUCGGGCGCCUGCCUCCUGUCAGGCACUACGGCGGCGUGCUGUCGGGUUGAUGCUGAGCUAUCCUCGAAGAGAAGGCUUCUGGGAUGGCAUGGUCGCUGGUUGGAUAGCGGAUGAGGCUUUGUCGCUCGAGCAGGAACGUACGAGAGCGAAGCUGAACAUUUCUAGCGACGAUGUGGUGGGUGACGUGGAGGUACCGGAGCAUCUGCGCAUCAUUUCCUUUUGGCUGACAUAUCCUGACGAUGAGGAUCGAAAAGUAAGAGUUGGGUUUUCGGAUGCAAGAGACCUGGCUACGGGGGUUCCAGGUGUUGUCAAGUGGUUUGCCUGGUGA